AAUGAGCCAUGAGUCGUUUGCACGCCACAGGUGCACACAUACGCAUUCCCAGUCAAUUGGCCACCGAUUUGAUUUGCCUGAUUUAGUGCUCCAAGAACUUUCGGCAAAUUGGCCCACUCGCCUCGAGAAUAAGUCAAGAGUAUACCAUAAUGGGUUGUUGUUUUAGUACGAGUAAAUCUGUUGAUUUGCCACCAGUUCCGCCGACUCCGGGAAAACAGCGCUCCACCUUGCCGGAAUUCCCGGUUUCCGGAUCGGUGACCACCACCGCUCCCGGAGGAUAUGGAUCUGGGGCUGGAGGAGCCACCAACGCGGGCCUGGAGGACGACUAAAACCCGGUUAAAUUAACCGGCAUACGAUUACGUCGAGGGGAAAAAGCGAAAAUUGCCAAAUGGCAGAUUGGAUAAUGAGUCACACGAUCGUGCAGACUGCGGAUGAACCAAAAUCGGAGGCCCUUUAGUUAUAAAUAUAGUAAAAAUUCGUUCUUUAUUGUUUGACAAAAUAAGCUUAAUGCUAAAUUAAAUAAAACUUUAACCAUUUUGAAUAA